UAAAAGUAUCAAGAUGGCGGCAGCUGUCGCUGCAUCCAGUGAUUUUCAUUCAGACCCAAAUUUUGCAGUCAUUUGCUCUUUUCUUAAUCGCUAUGGUGAAUUGCUGAAUUUACCUCAUGUAUCAUUCGCAGAUCUGCAGCGGGAUCUGGAAGAAACUAGGACGGUCCCCACCAGAUUAAUGGACCUGAUCUUCCCCCUGCUGAGGAAGAUAGAGAAGAGCAUGCAGAAAAAUAAAUGGGAGAAAAAAUUGGCAAAGUUUUGUUACUCAUACUCAGAGGUUGAUGGCUGGGAGGUGGACCAGUCUGGAUUCAGAAAAUGCAAAGUUGAAACCAAAGUCAGAAUACUGAAGAAUCUGAUGGAGUCUCAGUUUGACAAGCAUGUGAAGUUCAAGGAGAAGGUGAAUGCCAUGCAAACCCAAGAACUGAGGGAUCUUCCCACUGGCAAGGACAGGAAUGGGAAGGCAUACUGGUACCUCCUGGACAAAGAUCUCAACCUGCGCCUGUUUCAAGAAGACCCUGACCUUGAAUCAUCAUGGAGACUUGUGUGUCAGAGCAAAGAGGACCUUGAGAGUCUUAUAACGAGGCUUGCCGAGGCUGCAGAAAAACCUGGGGAAAUGGAAAGCGAAAGUAGAUCUACGACUCCGAGCGUUGAAAGCCCUGCUGAAAUCAAAACUGAAGAAGCAGAUAUGGAAGUAAAUCAAGACAGGGCUGAUGAAGAUGAAGAGAUGGAAGACCAGGAUGGAGACCAGGAAGUACACGAGGAUGUUCACCAGGAUGUUCACCUGGAUGUGGAAAGGAAAGAAGUGUGUUCAAGUCAGGUGGAGGGGAUAAAAGACAUAAAGGUGAAAAAAGACGAAGAAAGUGGUGCUGAAAAGGAGUUCACAGUGAAAGUUACAGAAGAGAAGAAGGAAGAAGAUCUCAGUGCAGUCAAAGGUGAAAAGACUGUCAAAGUUAAAGAAGAAAAAGAUUUGUCUGUAAAAGAAGAAACAAUUGAAAUGAAGGAAGAAGGAGAAGGUGACAAAAGUUUGUUGUCAUUAAAAGAAGAAAAAGGUGAAGUGAAAUUAGAGAAGGAAAAAGAACUGGAUGCAAAAGAAAAAGUAAAUGAGGUAAAUAUAGAGGAAGAGAACAGUAAAAAUUUAAAAUCCACGAAAGACGAUAAAACUGAUGUGAAAAAGGAGGACAACAAAAAUCUAGUUUCUGUGAAACAAGAAAAGACGGAGGAAGAAGUUGAAGAAGAGGGAAGAGAUGAUACACCUUCUGAUGGAGAAAAAGUUGAAGUUGCCGAUGAUAAAGAAACUAAAGAGGACUCCUCUGCUGAAACACAAAACAUAGCACAAACUGUUGAACAAAAGAGUGAUGCAAACAAAGAAACAAAUGUAGAUAAAAAUGUUGAAAGAUCUCUGCCUGCUACUCAAGAAAGAAGGGACCAGACGUCAGAGACGGACAAAAAUUUAGUGACAGAUAUUUCAGAAAAAGAGGAAUGCAGUGAGAAAGCUGAUUCAGAUGUCAGUAAAGAAAUAGUUGAUGAACCUGAAAAUACAAUGUCUCUGGAUCCUAAAGACACGAAUAAAGACUCCAAUCAGGCAACAGAGGACAAAGAAAAUACAGAAAACAACAGAUCUGUCUCUACUAAUUCAGAAAUAGAAAAAGAUGCUAUCUCUUUGGAAAAAGAAGUUGAAAAGAAUGUAGAGAAAGACAUUUCUGUACAGGAUGCUGAAGAAAAUGGAGACCAACCAAAAGAGACUGACGAAGUUCAAGACGAUUCGUCCAAACCAAAAUCUCCUGUCAAAAGAGGCAGGAAAGCAAAAAGAAAAGGUCGAGGAAGGCCCAAGGGGAAAAGUAAAAGCAAAAGCAGAUCUAAAUCUCCUAGUCAGACUGAGAAAAAUGCCAAUAAUUUGACUGAGAAUGCUAACAAUGGAAGUAAAGAGAAGGGAGAUGAUGAAGAGAGUACGCCAGCAAAAGCCAAGGGGAAAAAAGGGAGAAAGAAGAAAGAACAGAAAGAUGGUGAUGAAAGCGAUGAUAAUAUUCCUUUGUCCCAGGUCAGAAGGUCGGCCAGAAUUACCAAAAUCACCCUAAAGAAGGAGAAGGAGAUGGAAGAAAGGAAGAAAAUGGAGAGGGAGAUCAAAGAAGCUGAUGAAAGAGAAAAGGAAAAGAAGAGAAAGGCAAUGAUGGAAGCUAAAGACAGUGAUGAGGAAAAUGUGUGGCUCAAAAAGAAGUCCAAGGGAAAGAACAAAAAAGGGAAUAAGAAAUCCAAGGGUCACCAUGCUGAAUAUGACACCAGCGAUGAUGAGUGGUUGGACAGUUACUUCGAGCAGCUUGACAGGCAACACGACCCAUCCAGUGAUGAGGAACUCAAGUUUGACCAGUCAGAUCAUGAGUUCUCCAUGGACGAGACGGACGAUGAGAAUUAUGUCCCGCAUGGAAGGAAUGCCAGAAGGGCUGCAGCUAGGAGAAAAAAAGUUGAUUGAGAAGCUGCAGGGUUAUUUAAAAGAGUAUGAGAAGGCGGAGAAACAGCAGGACCGGCUGGUGAAGAGGAAAGAAAGACUGGCCUUUGUGGGGAUUAGUCUGGAUAAUAUACUCUAUGAAAAUACCAGUAGACCAAGACCUAAAAGAAAAUGGUCGGAAACUGAGUCAACGUCCUCCCAAGGUGAAGACGAUAAUGAUGAUGAGGAAGAGGAGGAAGAUGACGAAGAAGAAGAAGAGGAGGAAGAUGACUACAUGGUGAAAGCAAGAUCUCGCAGGACGAGAAAAGACAUCAACUAUAAAUUUGAAGAGUUUGACAAGAUCAUACUUGAUGCAGUACAAGAUGACGUGAAGGAGCCUCCACCUCCUGAAGAAACAGCAGGAGACACUGGCCAAGGUCGUAGUAGAGGUAAAGACAUGUCCAAUAUUGAAGGGCUGCCACAAGAAGAUGAGGAGUCCUACGUAAAAGAAACAGACAAUGUAGAAAAAGAUAACAGUCGAGAAGAGGCAGAGGAAUUACCUGAGAGACCGCCGCCAGUAGUGAGCAGGCAAAAGAAGAAAAAACACCGACUGAAUUCUUUGGAUAUUGAUAGUGAGGAAGAGGAUGACAGUGAGGAGUAUCAAGCCACUGACGAUGACGACUACUCUGAGGCCGAGGAGGAGGAAGAAGAAGGAGACGAAGAGGACAGUGAUGACUGGAGAACGGGGAAGAAACGUGGUGGAAGACUUGGUGGCAGGCGGAGCUUCAGGAGAGGUGGAGGAUAUAGGUCGAGAUUUGAUGAUGAUUUUGUUGUUGAUGAUGAUGAAGAAAGUUUGGAGGACAGUGAUGAUGACUGGGGUCGACCCACGAGGCGAGCUGCCUCAAAACGGAUCAACUAUCGCGAUGGUGACUCUGAAGAAUAUUCUGAUGACAGUGGACCAGCGAGAAAAAGAAAGAAAAAGUCUACUCAAAGGUCUAAAAACAAAAAGUCCAAAAAGAAGUCAAAAAAGAGACGAAGAAUAAUUUAUUCAGCAAGUGAGGAAGAGGAGGAAGUGAUUCCCAGAAAACGUAAAAACAGGUUUGAGGACUCUGACUCGGACAAUUUGGGCCCUCCUGCAAAAUCUCGUAAAAGGCGGACUAGUAGUCGGUAUGAGGAUGAUAGCGAUUAUGACCCAAAUAACAGUUCCCCUGUCCCGAGGCACAGGCCAAGACAAGCUGCAGUCAAAGCUAAGGUCAAUUACAAAAAGAUUUUAGAUUCAGAUAGUGAAGAGGAUGAAGGAAACAAAUCAAAGAAAACGGGAAGGAAAAACUUUGUGAAAGACGAUGAUGAAUGGAAGGAAGAGGAGGGGGAGGAGGAGGAAGAAGAAGAAGGAGAAAGUGAAGAAGUAACAGAAGAAGAAGAAAAAGAAGAGGAUCAAGAUGAAGAGGAUGACAUCCAGAAUGAAAGGCAAAUUUCUCACAAAUCUGACAAACUCUGUAUAAAUGGUCACACAUCAUCAACAGUUAUGCCUCAGACUGGAGUUGUGGCGCCCCCUAUCCCAGCUGCCAAUAAACCAACCAAUGGAAACUCAUUUAUGAUGGACAGUAUUCUUCGGCCAGACAGCAAGACCAACAUUGGGAGCGAAGACGAUGACAGUCUCUCGGACAUUUCCGAUAUUGUUUCGUAUGUUUGUGACUAACAGUUUGCAUAAGUCUGGAAAUUUUCACAUACUUGCCCGAUUUCAGAUGAUAUUUCUAGAAUUAGUUUUAAACCUAAGUUGGAAAAUGACAUGUAUUUGUCCAAUUUCGAGGAAACAUGUCAGUUGUACCAGGAAACUCUACAGUAAAGAAAUCAUUUACUUGCCAAAUUUGCAUCAACAUCCAUCAGAUAUUUCAUCAGUUUAUCAUCUGCAGUAGGACCCACGCAAAACCAAUCUAGAAUAUUAUGUCACUUUUUUCUUAGUUAAAAGAUGACUAAUUAUUAACAGCAUGAGAAUGUUAUGAAAAACUCAGAUUUUUGUUCCCAAAAUUCAAUUUUUAUUUGGAAGUCUCAAAUUUUAAUGCAAGACCUUAGUGUCUUCAAAAUAACACAUUUUAACUUAUUUUUAUUCACAAGUUUUAAGUUUCUCUGAGUUUUGAUAUCAUUGUGAUCAAUUUUGUUCUUGGGCAUCACUCCUUGUAUUGCCUCUUUUUUUAAGCAACAAUUGGUUAAUUUUUUAUAUUUAUUUGAAAUUUUACCAUUAUUAUGAGCUUAUGCCAGUUUAAAUAACAAGACACCUACAUUUUCAU